ACUGCGUACACUUACACACAUUAUUGUUCCUGAAGAAUAACACAAAAAAGACAUUUGGAGAAGAGUUUACCCACAUCAUUGUUCGUGAUGUGUUUUGUUAGAAAUUACUUCAGAAUUCGAUCACUGAUCGACGUUGCUUGCGAAGCGUUUUCUGAGCAUUGUUCACUCUAGAAUUUGUGUUGCUGUUGAUACUAAUGGAGUCUGUUGAUGAUGAUCCUGAUGUUGUAGAAAGAUGCCCAAAUAGUCGUUACGUUCGGUAUAAUGAGUUGCUGGGAAGAGGUGCAUGGAAGACAGUAUAUAAGGGGUUUGAUGAAGUUGAAGGAAUCGAAGUUGCAUGGAGCCAAGUGAUGUUAGACGAUACUAUGCAAAAACCUGAAUAUCUGGAGAGAAUCUACACCGAGGUUCGGUUACUAAAGACGCUAAAACAUGAGAACAUAAUCAAGUCAUAUGUUUCUUGGGUGGACGACAAGAAGAAAAGGGUUAACAUGAUUACUGAACUGUUUAUCUCGGGGGAUCUGAGGCAAUAUCGCGAGAAGCACAGGAGUGUUGAUUUGAAGGCUAUCAAGAACUGGGCCAGACAGAUCCUUCAAGGCUUGGUUUAUCUGCAUGGUCACAAGCCGCCUAUUAUUCAUAGAGAUUUGAAAUGUAACAACAUAUUUGUUAACGGAAACCAUGGACAAGUGAAGAUUGGCGAUCUUGGAUUCGCAACGUUAAUGCUCCGCCCCACCGCCAAAAGUUUGAUUGGAACCCCUGAAUUCAUGGCUCCGGAGCUUUACGAAGAGGAAUAUAAUGAACUUGUUGACAUAUAUUCUUUCGGGAUGUGUAUAUUAGAGUUGAUAACUUGUGAAUAUCCAUACAGUGAAUGCAGAAAUCCCGCACACAUAUAUAAAAAAGUUAUGUCUGGGAUAAAACCCGCUGCUCUUUCAAAAGUCAAAGAUGUACAAGCCAAGGAGUUGAUAGAGAAAUGUUUGGUCCCGGCAUCUCAAAGAUUGCCCGCAAAAGAGCUUCUGAAAGAUCCAUUUCUCGCGCCAGAAAGUGUAAAAGACAAUCCGGUUGAAGUCGACUUGUCAACAUAUCCAAUGGACAUUGACGAUAACUACAAUAUGGUUUUGUCGGGUAGCUCAUGUGUGAAGAGCAAAACUACUAGCACCUGUUUACCUUCACUUGAACUUCAGCGUGUCAAUGAGAGAAAUGACAUCCGAUUAAAAGGCGAAAUGAAUGAAGAUAACACUGUCACGUUAACCUUGAGAAUAGCCGAUUUUAGUGGUGGUGUAAGGAAUAUCGACUUUCCGUUUUCCCUGGAUGAUGAUACUUCAAAUACAAUAGCUCAAGAAAUGGUUGAAGAACUAGACCUUUUGCACGAAGAUGUGAUUAUUAUAGCAGAGCUGAUUGAUGACAUGAUUAUGAAAUUCGUGCCAACAUGGAAACCAUCCUUGAGGAAAAAAUCCAUACCCGUUGGAGGAGUUAGCUUAACAGAAGGUUCCUGA